UCCACCCACACAAUCAACACCGAUGAGCGUAUUGUGUACAAGUUUGAGAGUGUGUCGCCUCCUCCCCCGCCUCCACCAUUUUUUACCUCUGAGAACCAUGGCAUCCUCCCGGUACCGACCUUUAGUGGUCAGUGGCCCUUCAGGAAGUGGAAAGAGUACGCUCCUCAAUAAAAUGUUUGCAGAAUUUCCCGACAGUUUCGCCUUUAGUGUAUCACACACUACAAGAAAUCCACGCCCAGGAGAGGUGGAAGGAAAAGACUACCAUUAUGUACAACGAGAACAAUUUGAAAAAAUGAUUGAGGAUGGUGGGUUUUUAGAGCAUGCUCAGUUCUCAGGAAACAGAUAUGGAACAAGCCAACAGGCGGUGUUGGACAUUGAGAAAACCGGAAGGAUUUGUAUACUAGACGUGGAAAUCAACGGUGUAAAGAACAUCAAGAAAACAGACCUAAACCCUAGAUAUGUGUUCCUUAAGCCACCUAGUAUGGAAGUUCUAAAGGAGAGAUUAAAGGGAAGAGGUACAGAAUCUGACGAGAGUCUACAACGGAGGCUGGAUACAGCGAAGGAGGCACUCGACUAUGCCGAUGAGGAGGGUGCAUAUGAUUAUGUGAUAGUAAACGACAACAUAGAUACAGCUUACGAGCAGCUGAGGGCAGUAGUGAAAGAUGAUGUUGAGAAGAUGAGAAAGGAAAGAUGAAAACCUGGGAUGUAGAUUAAUCUAUAGAUGUUGUCAAGAUGAAAACGGAAUGACUGACGGCUAAUAUUUAAAGCAUAUAGUACUAUUUUAAUUAAGACUUUUUAUAAGAUUGAAUUCUGGCAGGCAAGAAUUUUGGACAUUUCCUGGUCUGGGCUGUUUUAUUUUCCUAUCAGUUUAUCUUUUGUUAUAGUUUAUUUGUUAACAUUUGUAUAUGUUUCAAAUUUUAUAAGGUCUGGCUUAUUUUCAGCAUUUGCUCUAAGCUUUUCUUAAUCUGUUCCAGCUGAAUCUUACAGUUGUAAUAUUUGUAAUGAAAUUAUUUUAGAGAAACAUUAUACCAAAAAAUGAAAUUAACCCAACUAAAAAAAAAAAAAAAAUGCAUCCUAACUUUCACAUUUCUAUUUUGGCCCCAAAAUAAAUACAUGUUAAUAAACUUAAUUGAACAGAAUCUCCUGUGGAUAUAUAUCACAACUAGUGUGGAAAACAUGUCGGAACGUUGUGAAUCAUUCAUUAUAUUAAAUCAUAAUUAAUAUUCAAAUUUUGUUACAAAUGAUAUUGAUUUUUUCAUCACCUUGACAGUGUGCGUUUCAGAAGAUAAAUGCCACCCACUGACUUAAAAAUAUAUUUUGUUGCAUAACAUAUUGAUAAACUUAAGCAAAUAUAUUCAAAAGUUAUAAAAUAUAAAUAUGUAAUGCAUUUCUUAUUGAUUGCUCUAUAUGACCCUACAAAAAUACAUGGAAAAUCUGUGUCUAGUUUAUAUUUUUUUUGUUUUGGAGCCAUUGAAAAUUCAGCAGCUAUUUUUUUCUUUAAAUAUACAGUUGAAUCUAGAUUAAAACUUAGAUAUUUAGGAUACCCUGGCAGAUAAUUUCUUCUAUGUAUUUUAGAUAUGACUUACCCUUAUUUUUCAACAUAUCUGUCUAGGAGUUUUGUUGACAAUCAAUUCAAAGAUGAUCUCAUCAAGUCUCAGAAGUCCUUCACCUCACUGACAGUAAUAGAUUAUAUUAUUCUUCUCUUUAUCUUCAAUAUAUUUCAUUUUACAACGAGAACAUGUCUGAUGUUGGAUUUAGGUGCUUACUCAGGAAUUUUCUUUAUAUUCUCCUGUCAUCAUCAAUAUCAUCAAUAUGAUCAUACCAGUUGUGGUAGUUGUUCCGCUAUAUACAUGUAUUUGUCUUGGUAAAUAUUCACCAUCCGUUUAAAGUCACAAACACUGCCUUUCCAUAUGAAAACUGUAUAUUUUGUUGGAUCUUUGUUAGCUCCGAUACUUUUAAUUUUUGGAGAUAAAAAUAUAGCCUGAAACAACGAUUAUCUGUUCCUAAGUGAAGGGGAGUCUGACAGAAAGGAGUUAUAAGGGUUGUAUAGUUAUUACUUACACUCCCUAUCUGUGAGAGUGGUGGCCAUGCUUUCUUUACUUGAAUGUGAAAAGCAUUUUCAUAGGAGGUUUUUUUUGUUGAAAAAAAUUGUCAAAAUAUUUUGUGAUGUCAUAUUUAAAUUAAAAUGUCAUUGUGACAUCUUGAUUCACAGAGAAUUUCUUCUCUGUCAGAACUUUGGAACCAAGAGUAAUAAACUGCAUUCCUGAUACACAUGUAUUACUAGUAGUAAAAUCAGAUUCCCCAAUGAGUAGCGGUUGGUUAUCAUGUUCAACAAACCAUCCUAAAGUUAUUUUUCAAAUUGUGAAAAAGACGUUUGGUGAACGUUGUGCAUGUAUUCAUUUGAAUAUUAACUAACUCAAAUUAGAUAAACAUGAUAAUCAACCACCACUCAUCCGGGAACUUCUUUAGACCUAUGAACAUGUAUGUGCAUAGAAGUGAAGCAAUCUUUAUAUUUUUUUCAUAUAUUUAUGUAUAUGUAUUUGUGCAUGCAACGCUCAUGCAAAAUUUCAGUGGAUUUCCCAGAUAUCUUUUAAUAUCGCCCAUUAUAAUUUACUGGUCUCUGUUCGGUGGAACAUGGUAUGUGACUUUUGAAAUGUACAAAAUUAUGAAACAAAAUAUCAAUUUGUGUUAAUAUUUUUUUUAUAUAUUUUUUUUUUUUUAA